UACGUGACAAUGACGUCUAAUGUCGACGACCGUCGGUGUACAUUGUCCCAACCAGACCUGGCAUUACAAAUGUAUUAUCCUCACUAUAAAUACUCCUAGUAAUUUUUAUUAAAAUAGUGCUUUGGAAACGAAUUAUGUCUCCGUCACUGACUGAGAAACGACGUGAGUACCUAAAAGACAAACGGAAACUCGAGUAGCGAUCACUCCAGUUUAUGUUUAACUUUCCACUUCGUUGUUUAAUUCCGCAUUAUGUUUCUUGGCCAGUUGAGCGGCAUUGGCAGCGGCCUCCUUCCUCAACAUCUGUCCGCCUGCCGGCUGAUCCUCGUCUGCCUCACAAGUCCUCGCUGGCUGUCCACCUACCCUGCCCUCAUGAUGGACCACGAGCCUCCUUCCAAACGCAGUCGGAGCGCGGAGGAGAAGAGGAGCGUCAAAGACACGGAUGCAAACAGAGGAGGAGGCCCCGGCUUAAGGGGGGGUUCUCGCCCGAGAGACACGAGCCGCCCUGGAAAAGUUUUGAGCGGAGAUUUUAAAAGCAAGCACGUAGCAAGGACUAUGAGGGACAUGAGUGAGUGCAAAGAGGAGAUGCUCGGAACAUCCUCCAAGGAUGCUGUCGGGGAGCCCCCUCCACCGGGAACUGAAUCACCUGACCUUCAAGCUCCAAUGCGAGGUUGGGAGUCGCUGCUGCCCAGAUGGUGGGAAGGGUCGCCAGCUUGCGCCACGGCAAUGGCGCCACACAGGGGUGGCAGAGCAUUGGACUUGUCAGUGAUGUCAUACAACAUCCUGUCGCAGGAGUUGCUGCGAGCCAACGGCUACUUGUACACUCACUGCCCGCCCGCCGCCCUGCGCUGGUCCUACCGGCUGCGCAAUCUAUUGGCUGAACUGCGCCACUACGAUGCUGACGUGCUGUGCCUUCAGGAAGUUCAGGAAGACCACUUUGAAAAUCAGAUACGGCCGGCGCUACACACACAAGGUUACGAGUGCGUGUACAAGAAGCGCACGGGCAAGAAGCCAGACGGCUGCGUCGUGGCCUUCAAGACCUCGCGCCUGUGCCUGCUCGCAUCCAAACCUGUUGAGUUCUUACGGCCGGGCGACGCCCUCCUGGACCGCGACAACGUGGGAUUGGUGGUCCUGCUGCGGCCGGCGGGCGCCGGCGUGGAUGCCAGCGACGUUUUGUGCGUGGCCAACACGCACCUUCUGUACAACCCGCGCCGGGGCGACGUCAAGCUGGCCCAGCUGGCCAUACUAUUGGCCGAGAUUGGCCGCUUGUCCCGCCUCUCGAAUGGCACCGCCCACCCCGUGCUUCUGUGCGGGGACUUCAACUCCACGCCGUGGAGUCCGCUCGCCACCUUUCUCACCAACGGACGACUUGACUACCGCCACCUUCCCAUCAGCACGGUGUCCGGUCAGGAGUAUGGUUCUCGUGGCCAGCGACUGUUGGAGAGUCCCAUCUGGUCUCCCGCUUUGGGCAUCAACCAGCGAUGCCAGUACGAGAGCACCAGCGCCUCCGUCACGCCCUCGCACUCCUGCGGUGCCGCCGCCGUUGAACGAGAAAUCUCCGAGCUGACUGUGCAAGAAGUCGCCCAACCAACAGACGCCGAUAAAGCUUUGAACAGCAGUUGGCGUCUGGAGCAUGUCGUGCCGCUGCGCUCGUGCUACCCGCCUUGCCUGCCGCCGGACGGGCGAGCUGCCGUCACCACGUGCCACUCACGCUGCGCCAUGAUGGUGGACUACAUCCUGUACACGCCAUGCGAGUCGCUUCCAGGCGGGCGCGGCCUCCAGCUGCUGGGCAGGCUGUCAUUGGUGGGCCAGCCCGAGUUGGAGGAAGUGAACGGCCUGCCCAACGUUCGGCACUCGUCAGACCACCUCCCGCUACUUGCUCGCUUUCGAUGGAUGGUCGGCGAGCGCUCGUGAUGCCGCCGUGCUAACAAAGGACUAUAGUUCAAAUGUUGUCAUUCUUGUUGUAUGUUGGAAUUCUGGUGUUUCUCAUUUUUGGGCUUGUUAGAACGCUAGAGGUGAUCAAACCUUGAAUGCUGGGUAGCUUGCAUGCUCGCUACUUAGCAUCCUUCAUAUAGAAUAUAGAAGACUGAAUACAAAACCUUUGGAUUUUGCCGACAAGCUGCGGUGAGAAUGGCAAGUGGAAGUCUCAAAGUGACAAAACAUUGGACACUUUCAACCAAACAAUGGAUACAUGAAGAUUGUGUGUGUAUACAUAAAUAGAUUUUUUAAAUGAUCUUCCAUUACUAAAAGACAAAUCAAAUAGUUUUUUUAAAUAAAAGGGCUUCUGUUCUUAACAC